UCCACUAAUUGAAAGAAAGCGCACAUUAUCUCUCUAAACAUUACCACGUGUGGUGAGUAUAGCCGCUACACUACAUGUUAGCUUGAUUUUUAUUUAGAUACGCUUUCGUGCAAAUCUGGAUAUGAAUUUUAGUUGUGCGAUUCAGGAAUUAAACGGAUAAAAGAGUUUACCUUAUUAACCAAAUAUUAUUUACAAACUGUUUGUUCAAUGGAUUAAAAUUACAGAAAGGAAACAAAUAAUGGUGUGCAUGCAUUAGGUAUUAAUAUUCAGUGGAAUAAUUGUCGAUAUAUGAAAACAAAAAUCACAACAACAAUGAACAACGCCUGUUUCAAACCUAAAUCAAAAAUGUAAAAUUGCUGCAACAUUCACUUUUUAAUGGACAGUUUAAAGAUUACUUUUGAGAAGGAAGGCUCGCCUAGCUUUGUGAAGGAAUUUAUUUAAUGAAUAGAAUUCUCAUACUUCAGUUCAUAGUUCAUAGUUCUACAUUAGACACUUGAUUGAAGUGCACUUUUGGUAAUGAAUGAUCGGACACUUGAAUAUUAUAUUUGACGUGUUAUUUUGACAGUGUGAAGUAUACACCAGUAUGGAAACAAUGUCGUUAUUAUUUGGACUAUAAUACAAUCUGACUUGAAAGUUUUGGAAUAAUUGUAAUACUCAUACUAUGGCGACAUAUAAAAGAAACUCUAGACAUUUGGUCAUAAUAGUAAUAUUUAUUGUUAUUGUUUUACAUCAAGGCACUUGUCAAGACGGCUUUAAACUAAAUAAAAAGGCAAAAGGGCCAUUGGACAGAUCGAUAAAUGAAAUAAAAGAAAAUGUUUCUUUUCCAACGAAAGACGGUGAUUCGUCAACAAAGACUGAAGAAAUAGAUAAUGAAAUAACAACAGAGAAGAACCAUAUUACGGUGGAAAAGUCAACUCGCCCCACUACGGCAAAUGUCAGGGAUGAACCGACUGUCCCGACUCCAACGUCUAAACCUACAGUUGGACACACUCAACAAAAACGGGAUAAAAUUGACCCUGUUGACCAGUAUUUGCUGGAAGGAAUACUUGACAUUGUAGAUGAAAAGUUUAAUACUUUAAACAAGAGGUUGAUGACGUUGGAAAGAGGGAUCAAUAACGUACAAUAUUACAAUGUUCGCAGUUUUCGUGUGGUUAAUACCCAUUUACACGCGGUGGACACUAUUUUGCACACAAUGCAUACACAGGUUGGGCAAAGUGAACAGCAAAAUAAAUUUUUUGAACAAUCCAUUGCAGGUAUGAAAAACGAAAUUAUUGACUUACAAACAAUGAAUAACGGUAUGUUCCAAGCGAUUGAACAGAAUCUGGUACAUUUCCAUCAAGAUCUCGGGGAGAAAUUAAGUUCUGUAACAGAACGAGUAGAACAAUCAAAUGCACAAAUUAGUCAGCUCAAGAACGCAUCAGCUGAAAUAAAAACAAGCAUCGAACAGAUUGAAAACACACAAAAAGAUUUACAACAAAAUUCAGAGACUUCUGUGUUGCUGACAUCUGAAAUUUUGCAAAAGUCUGCACGCUACAUAAACUCGACAACUGAUAUUAAGAAUACGUUGGAAACUGUAGAAGAGCGUACAAAGCAAAUGAACAACACAGUAGACAAACUUUCUGAAACUGUUUCUAUUUUAUCAACAGACACAUUUGAUAUAAAACAAGGUUUAGCUACAACAUUAACAAAUAUUUCUAUCGCAAAAUUUGACCAGGACCUAUCGGGUUCCGAGAAAGAAGACUUUGCCGAUAAGACGAGUUACCAAGAAUUUAGGGCUAAAAAUUCGCAAAUUCAAAUGUCUUGUGGAAAAAUGCUCGAAAUCUUAGACGAAAAGUUAAAACAUAUCAAUGUGACUCUUUCGGAAGGGCAGACGAAAGAGGAUAAAUGUGAUAAAAGCAAUGUAUACCCAGCUGAUUUCAAAACUCAAAGUAAGAAAUUACUCAGGGCAUUAUCAACUGUAAACGAAAAUGUAUUUCAGUCUGUUACUUUGUAUAAACAUACAGGGAAUCUUAUAGAAAGAGUUAUAUCAGAUACAGAAUAUAUAGCUUCAGAACAAGUUCGUCUCAGGGAAGAACUAGUAGCGUAUUUAAUGAACGGUACAUUUGAUUUAUUUAACCAAAGCAUUCCAGAUUUUGCAGAAAUUAUUGCAACCAGAAAUAAAGAUCAGAAUAGCGAGGAAGCCGCAAAUGAAUCUCAAACAUGUACAGUUACAAAAUCUCUCGUAGAUGAAAUAUUGAAAAUAUCGUUUAACGGGACACAGCUUGUCCAUAUGUUGACAGAACUUGCAACAACGAGUUCCUCUUCAAUACAACUUUCUAUAGAUAAACUGGACCAGGAAAUAAGCAGAUUGAACAAGAUACAAGAGCAACCGCUUCUCUCCGCGCCAUUUAACCAGAAACCGGAAGCUUUUAUCCGAGAUGAUCCGAAAGCUGGCGGAAGUGCUCAAAUAAAAGACAUUCAGAAUAAAACAGACUGGAUCUAUCAACUUUCAGAAGCUAUCGCGUCCAAUACAGGAUGGAUACCGUACGUGUUCCACAAUCUUAGAUUUGUUGAGAAUCAGGUAAAUAAAACUUUAAAACUUGUAACCAAUAUUGAUGCCAGAAGCGAAGAACUUCUCAUACGACAUCGCGCAAAUAUGGCGAUUAUGUUUAAAUCAAAACAAAAGAUGCCUACUCCAAGUCCAGUAGCACAAGCACCGUUUAAAGCUGCAGACGAAUCUGAUUUACCCGAAAAACAAUCAACUUAUUCAGAAAAUGGCUGUUCAGUAAAUUCGAAUCAAAGCGCCCUCUACGAACACAUGAUGAGAUAUGUGUACAGCACUAACAUGAAACUCAAUCGAUUGAUACCUGCUCUGACCAAUCUUCUAGGAGAACCAGAACCAUACAUUGCAUUAGUGGACGGAGAAACGGACAGAGAAGGGCGUGUAGAAGUUUAUCAUAAAGGGCAAUGGGGCACUAUAGCUGGAAUUCUUAACCACGUGGAGGCGUCUUAUGUGUGCAGAAAACUAGGUUACCUUGGAGGCAUUUCCGCCGGAAGCGGAAACUUCGGUGCCGGAAGUGGUCAAUUCUGGGACUUAAAUGUCACGUGUUUGCGUACACGGUGGUGUAGUGCAGUGUCUCACGUGGCCAAUUCCUCCAGAUAUGAUCAUUCAAAGGAUGUUGGUGUUAUAUGUGAUCAUAUGUUGAGACUCACACAAACUAAUGAGGACGAGGAACCGGAAGUGACGAGACAGACUGGUAAGCUCGAGAUCUACCAUCAAAACAACUGGCUCCCUAUCUGCUCCAAAGGCUGGGGUAGAAGAGAGACAGACGUCGCUUGCAAGCAACUAGGUUUUCGUGAAGGUGCGGCCACAGCGGUCAAGGACGAAUCGUUGAGUGAUUCUAAUUGGUUGACAAACGUCACGUGCAAAGGAAGUGAGAACAGAUUAGACGCUUGCGUAUUUGAGUCAUUUGAAUCAAAUGGUUGUCCUGACAUGAAAUAUGUGUCUUUGAUAUGUAGCUGAACUCUUGCUGAGUAAUGUGUACGUGUCAAUCAAACUUCUAUUUUUUAAGAAAUGGAGGAUAUUAAAAAUAUAGCAGACGAUGAAAAGGAAGCGGGUGCAAAUGUAUGUGCAUAGAUUUGUGACUGUAUUAUUUAACUACAGACUGGAACUUUAUUAACUUCCAUUUUAUUAAUAAAUGAGUAUCAAUUGCUAAUUAUUCGCAAGCUAUUAUUUUCAUCAUAUGUAUAAAUCAAGCCAUUAUGAUACGUAUAAAUGCACUUUGUUAUACAUGUUUGCUGUUCACAAUUUGAAUGAAAUACGAUUUUAAACCUAGAACGUGCAUCUAUAUUUACAGCUAGGGUCUUUGUAUAAAACAAUGCUUCUGCAAUAUGAUCUAUACAGCCCUGACACUGAGCGGGUUAAGAGUCAUUAGUGAUACUUAUAACACCAAUUCACGGAUUAUAAACAAAACCAUACCGUGGUUUCUUCCUGCUGAAUGGGAGGACAUGAACUUGAAUUAUAGAUUCUACAUAUCUGCCUUACGACCAGGCAUUGAUGCCAGACUUAUAAUGUGGUUUAGAUAACAACCCAAAAUAAAUUUUAAGUGACGAUCAUUAUGUCUGGUAUAAACAGACACAUUUGGUGAACAUCGUUUUAAAACUUCGGGCUAUGACAUAAUUAUUAUACCAGAUUCAUACAGCGCCCUUUUCAUCAUGAUAAGCACAUCUUUACAUACAAAGACAGACACACGGGGGUCAAAUUCCUCCUGUACUAGUAAUGACACAGAGUAUCUGACCAUUUAGACAGAGCGAGAGAAAAACUCCAGAAAAGAAAGAGAGAUGUCUAGUAUUCAUUAGAUACCAGGCCCGUCCUAGCUCGUUUAAAAAGGCAGUUUAGUUCUUUAAUAAAUGCAAACGAUGUAGUGCAUCGAUAUCGCAUUGUUUACUUGUGUGUUCACGCCUCUUAAGACAAAUAUCUCUUCAACACCGGGUAUAUGCACUUUGCUUCUUUAAACAACACAUACACGUACUAUUCAAGUUCAAGCAUGUUUGUGACAAUACAUUAUGGAUUGAUGAAGGCCUAUAUACUUUGCUACGACGCAGUAUGAAGGUUUUGGCUUAUUAACAAGGACAACUGCGAAUAGAUAGGCGCUUCUGCAUGCCUUAGGAUGAUUAUGCACAUGGUAUAUUGCAGCAGUUCGUCAAUUCGUAUAGACAAAUCGCGGCAGUAUUUGCGUUAGUUCAGUUGUUUGAAACCAGUCGACCGGUCGCUUUGACAUGCAUCCAGUUGGAACCACAGAAAAAAGUUCAAGCAAGGAUAAUAUCAAACUCUAAAGUUUCUUGUUAAGUACAGUGAAAAUUUAGAAAGAUUAAUAACUUGCAUAAUCGA